UUUAUAUUCUUUCACACUUUUCAGGUUGGAGAGAAUGAAACUGGAGAAAAUGAAGCUAGAAAAAGAGAAAUUAUUAAGAUCCAGAAUGGAAAAAGAACUUCUUGAAAUGGAAAAUCGUGAUGUAGAGAUGCGUUAUGCUGAGAUGUUGCGAUUAGAGAGAAUGAAACUGGAGAAAAUGAAACUUGAGAAGGAGAAAUUCAGGAUGGAAAAAGAACUUUUGGAAAUGGAAAGGCAUGAAGAAGAGAUGCGUUCUGCUGAGUUGUUACGGUUUGAAGAAAUGCGAUAUUCUGCAAAAAGACCUCAUGAUCGAAGUGGUUUUCAUGAUAGAGAACUCUGGGAUGAACAUAAACAAUCCAGGAUGAGGACUUCUGGUGACUCGUCUAGAUUUGAACUUCCAUUCCAGGAUGAAUCACGGUAUAAUACAGAUUAUGGAAGACGAAUUAAACGUUACGAUAGAAGGGACAGCAGAGCUUUGGAAGGUGGAAGUCGCUAUGAUGACCGUAAAGAAAGAGAAAUGAUGAGAAUGGAAAUGGGUCCUUUUCACAAUACACGAGUCAGAGGUGAAGGACAAAUUGAUAACCGUUCUCGAAAUGAUGAAGAAUUCAAUUGGAUGCCCUCUGAAUUAAGAAGAGAUAUGGGACCAAAUGGAGAACUUGAUAGAAGAUAUAUUGGUUCCGACCGAGGAUAUGAUAAUGACCAACAAAACACAUCAGCUAACGAUAGACUGGGCAGAAAUUCUUUUGGUGGUGGACCAGAUCAGAGAUCUUGGGAUUCCGGCGGUGUAGAUAGGAAAAUGGACAACUGGUCCCACAUGCAUGGAGACAUUGGCAACAGUGGCAUGAACCGAUCCAAUGGACCGUGGCUUGAUAAACCCACGAACAAAACAGGACGUGAUGCCACUGGAGCAUUUGUUAACAGUAGUCAAAGUGGUAACAGUGGGGGGAUGGGGCAGUACUUUGGACAUGGCAAUAUGUUUGGUAACUCUCAAGUGCAUAGUGGGCUCAUGGUUUCACAUAGGGGUGGUGGUGGUGGUAUAUGAAGGGACAUAUGCAACAGCCUAGUUUUGAUGUUUAUGAUAUUAUUGGGUCUAUGUAAAAUCCAAAUUGAGGAUUGAGGUGUUAAAGUCAUGUUGACGUGUUUGAUUUUGGAGUGGCAGAUGGAAUUUCAGACAGACAAUAAAACUCUGCCCUACAGCCAUACAUCACCCACAUCUUUCAUUCCAAUUGCCACGUGGUGCUUGGUUCUUGGACAUUCAGUCAUAUUUCUGUCCUACCAUAUUUUUACAUACAGUCAUGCACACACAUCUAUAUAUAUAUAUUUAUAUAUAUAGAAGAGCAACUAAUAAAGAAGUGGAAAGAGACCACAUAGAAAUUAAUAUAUGGAGAAAUAAAUUUUAUUCACUAUACAACACUAACAA